AUGCAGUAGUAAUAGAACACUUAACAGGAUAGUUCUCAAACAGCUUCUAUUAUUUUCACACCUGAAUCAAAAUAGGUAUUUGAUAUAUCUCAUGCUUCUGCUAUUGAACAUGAUAAUUAUGAUUGCCAGUCCUCGCCAGGUGAAACUUCAGACAAUUAAAUGCAAGAUUAUCAUACCUUUGAUAGCCAUCAGUGGUAAUCAAGUAUUAAACGUAUGAGAGAAGAGGCUUUAAUGCGUCAAGAGCAAUAGCUAAUGCAACAAAUUGAGGAUUUGAAUUAUCACAGAAUGAUGGUUCAAAAUGAAUUGAUAAGGUUAAAAUAAGACUCAAAUAACGCUACACCAACUAAAUUCAUGAGCAAAAACCCUUCUUAAGUUGAUAUAAAUAAUGAAAGGCAAAACAAUUCCUAGUCAUUGUCUAACACACAGAAAAACACACCUCCUAAAGAAUUAGACCCAAAUCGAAGGUCCAGAGAUAGAAGUCCAAGUAAUGACCAAUCAGUGGAGAGGUCCUCUAUCUAUUCGUUAAAAAUGGGCAAAAUUAAGGAUAUGAUGAGCAACAAUACUAAUGAUUAAAUUAAUUCAGUUAAUAGUAGGACUGACGAAUAAAAUCUUAAAUAAUACUUUAGCAUUACUUUCAAGAAUGAGAGUAUCAACGAGAGUAACCACAAGAAAGAGUUUUCCUUAGGGGGAGAGUUUGUACCAGUUCAGACAGAACAUUCUGAAAUAGAUCCUGAUCAAAUUAGACAAAAUAUAGAGGAUGUUAGAACUAGUCUAGCCAGGGUGAAAGAUAUAGAGAAACUCUUGCUUGAAGAAUUCUAGCGAAAGAAAUAGCGUUAAAGCUUAAACGCUGAUAUGCCAUAAUCAUUAGCAAAUUACUAAAGCAAUAUACUUUCCUUACAAAAUCAAAAUAAGAUGAAUGUUUCAGGAUCAACAACUUCAAAUAACAUUGACAGUAGUUAUCACGAAUAUAUUAUGAAUAGAUUCUAAUAAAACUGCUAUAUGCUAAAGAGCUCCUCCAAGCCACAUCUUAAUAUGCCAAGAUAGAUUAAUGACAGGAAUCUUGAUCCAAGCAACAGUAAUAAAGAGCUUUAAUUUUCAUUCUCGAUUUAGUCAAAUGAAGGUAUUGAGGAAAAAAGAGUUAAAGGAGGACCUAAUUAAUCUGUAGAGAAAAAAUCUUGCGGCUCAGGAUAUAGAAAGAGCACUAACUCUAAAAGUACAGCUGAGUUAGGCAAAAUGCUAAAACCUCAAUAAUAAAGAACAAAGAAUUUGAUCUUUGGUGGAGAUAAAACUUCAGAUACCCAAAUAAAUCUAGUGAUUUAGACUCCUUAGUUGGAGGAGGUUUCAAGUACAAAUGACUCAAAUGGCAUUCAUAAAGGAUGUGACACAUCUAGCAAAUGUAAUGAAUCAUCCCAUACAAUUGAUAUAUCAGAAGAUCAAAACCAGCCCAAAGGUGAUUCAGAAGUAAGCAGUAAGAACUAGACCAUUAAGAUUGAAGGUGGUCGUCAUUAGAAAUUUACAAUCCAUGGUAUAUAUGAUGCAAAGAAAUCUAUACUUGAACCCAAAUUUUAUAACAGUCUUGAGCAAGCAAGUGCAGUUAUUAAUCAAGUAGCAACUUAAAAAUAACAGCCUAAUAAUAUAACUACUGAUAGAUAUAAAUAAUAACCAGUAAGGGUUCAAAAUCCGAAGUCUACCGUUUAAAAUACCAACAUAUACUAAAACUAAAAUGCCUAAAAUCCAAUUGGAAGAAACAGGAACUUAAUCCAAUAGAAAAUGGCUCAAAGAUAAGAGCAGGCUGUACUAUCGUAAUUAAAUCACUAAUCAGUUAUGCAAAAGAAUAGGUAGUCAGUUGAAAACAAUAAGUCAAAUUUUUAAACUGUGUAAAAAAAAUAAAUUCCCCAAAAUUCUACAUAAUCCUUUGCACAAACUAAAACUAGCAGAGAACUAUAAUCCUAAAAAUAAGAAUUAGUAAGCGUUUAAAAAAGCUAACCUUAAUAGCCCUAGCCUUCCUCUCAGCCUGUUCAUAAUCAUUCUCGAUAAAAUCUAGCUAGCAGAUUUAUUGAGUAAAACAAGUAAGCGGUAAGAGAGAAAAGUAAGGGUAUUAAUAUUAUGGAGAACACUCUAAACAGAUCAAACCAUAGAUUAACUUCAAAUAGAGACCAAAGCAACAAGAGGACGAGUGAUACUCCAGUUUAAUUAAAAAAUGAAUAGAGAUUGGGCUCUUUGACAUCAAGAACUAGAGAAUAAACAAAUAAAUCUAUUGGAAAGCAUGUACCAAAUCCAAGCAAAGUUAGUGAGCAAAUUGAAAAGCAUAAAAAUCUAAUGAGAAGCUCUAGGUCUGAAAAGAACCUUGAGACAAUAACUUUCGCAAAAAGAAACGUUAAUCCAAUCUCAAAGAAUGAUACAAGUGCAUUUGAAAAUAGUAAACUAAAUAAUCAUGAAAAAUCAUAAUUAAUAAGUGAAAAUUCAAUUUCUAAUCAUGCAGCACAAGGUAAUUGGGUUAGCUCAUUCUAAGAUAAGGGUAAUAAUAGAAAUGACAAGGUCUCUAAAUUUAUUGUAACAUCUCCUAGUAAAAAUUUGAAGGCAAGGCUCUAUUUUAACACUAAAAGAACUGAUAAAGAUAAUUGUUCAGCCGAUAGAUAAACUGCUUUAACUGAGAAUAAUUGA